UGAGGCAGGCCUGUGCGACUGCCCCCAAGUCCGCGGCCCUCGUUUCCGGUCCCAGUGCACGUGGGCGUUCGCGGCCUGGAGGCCCGGGCCAUGUCCCGAAGGCUCAGCGCCCAGCGAGGGCAGAACAUCCCAGAGGAUGCCUGCUGUGAGGAGCACCGGGAGCCGCUGCGGCUGUUCUGUGAGGAUGACCAAGCCCUGCUCUGCGGCCGGUGCUUCCGCCCCGAGGAGCACGAGAAUCACGUGGUGAACGGAGUGCGGGAGGCUGCAGACCGUUACAGGGUGAGCUUCCGGCGGGCCCGCGGGGAGCCUCCUGCGGCCCCGAGCGCCCGGCCCCGACAGGGUGAGCCUCCUGCAGGCCCCGGAGUGCCCGGAUGUCACAGGAAAUUAUUCCAGGGGAUAUUGAACACAUUGAAGAAGAAACUUGAAGUAGCGAAAAGCAUAUUGGCUGACGAACAGGAAAGAAUGGUGAUGAUUCAGGGAGAAGAGCAGGAUUUUAAAGAGAUGAUUGAGUCUGAAUAUAGGAUAAGGUUCCGGUUGAUGGUUGAAGAGGAGAUGAAUGUUCAGAGCCAGCAAGGGUGCAUAUUCAACCCCAGCAUGAGGGAAGACAAUCAGAAUCAGCUGAUGGAGUUUGCCACGGAGUUGAAGGAGAAGUCCCAGGAAACACUACAGAGACUGAAUGAUUUGGGGAAAGAGAACAUGAAUAAACUGAAGGAGAGUGAAGUCAGGCUUUCUGAACAGAUCUGCAGCCUCCAAAGAAUCACUGCAGAGCUAGAAAAGAAGUGUGGGGAAUACACCCUAGCAUUGCUCCAGGAGCGAGUCACUACUGCUUCAGUGUCUGGAGCCUGCCCAAAUCACAGACCUGAGUUUAUGCCAAGUGACAGGAAUGAGUGGAAUGCUCAAAGUUCUCCAAAGUUUUUCCAGCCUCUACUAAUAUGUUCUUUUGAUUUACCCAAUAUCAAGAGCCUGCUGGCAACAAUUUCUAGGCAUCUGUGUCAUACUCUGGUAAUAUUUAAGGAGCUGUCACUUUGGAUCCUAAUACAGCUCAUCCCUGUCUGGUCUUAUCUGAGGAUCGGAGAAGUAUAUGUCUCAGGAAUGUCCAGCAGGAUGUGCCUGACGGCCCCGGGAGGUUCAUCUUCGAGGCCACCGUGUUGGGGGUGGAGAGCUUCACUUCAGGGAGGCACUACUGGGAGGUGGAUGUGGAAAAGGCAACCAGGUGGCUGUUGGGGAUAUCUGAAGACUCUGGCAGUGGACACAGUGACCUACCCACUGCUGCCAGAGAUAAAGUCUUACUCAUAGGUUCUAGGAUGGGAACUAAUUACACGUUCUGGGUCUUUCCCCCUCUGAAGAAGGUCUCCUUGAGGGGAGAGCAGAUGCACAAAGUUGGAGUCUUCCUAGACUGCAAGUAUGGGCAGUUAUCCUUCUAUGAUGUGACAGAUAGAUCUCUCAUUUAUAAUUUCUCUUCUCUUACCUUCCGGGGAGCUGUCAGACCCAUAUUUUCUCUUUGUAUCCCAACUGGAGGCACAAAUUCUGACUCACUCAGUAUUUGCUGUCCUCAUGUUGCGUCUUGUGAUGUUACUGUUAGCCCACAGGCUUCCUCAGCAUGAAAUCUAAGACUACUAGGGGCCAGGAAGUGAAGAGCU